CGUUAUGAGCGAGGACAAACAGCUCGAGACAGAUCCGAGUCGGACAGAACCGCUGAUGGAGGUCCAAAUGUUCCGCAGAGAGGAAGACAUGUGAUGUGGACCCGCUCUGCCUCAGACCUGAACACCACAAGUCUGGAAACUGUCCGAGGAGACUGAAGGGAACUUUGAAGGGAACUUUGAAAGGAACUUUGAAAGGAACUUUCUGCUCAGUGGUGAAGUGUGAGAGAUGUCCUCGGCGGCAGAGAAGAACAUUCCUGAUGAGAGUUCUCCGGGUUCUCCAAACGGAGGGAACCAUGCAAAAAGCAAAGAGGACUUCGACCUGGCUUCCAUCUACGUGUCCGACGCUCAGUACAACAGGAACAUCUUCUUCGACACGUCGCCUCAGGCUGUGAGACUCUAUCUGCGCUACAACCACUGGCUCCCUCAGGUGAUGCUCUACGUCUUUAUCCUGGUCGACCUGUCUCUGGCUCUGUUCGAGGAGCCUGCUGUCCUCCAUGUGCCCACAUGGGCCACCAUGCUCGUGGAGCUGCUCUGUCUUCUCGUCUUCACCAUCCGACUCGUUCACUACGCCAAAGUGAUUCCUCGAGACAAGUUCUGGAAAGACCCCAAAAACAUCUGCAUCAUCGUCAUCCUCAUGCUCACUCUGGUCGAUAUGAUCAUCUACGGAGCGCUGAAAGCUACAAACUGUUACGCCGUCCGCUGGUCCAGAGUCCUGCGCCCGCUGCUAUUGGUCAACGUCACAGAGGGACGGCAGCUCCGCAGAGCGUUCAGAAGCAUCCGGAACGCUCUGCCUCAGACUUCUACGUCCUUCCUGUCGUUCAUGUUCAGCCUCCUGUGUUCUCACCUCAGGCUGCUCAAACUGCUGGGCCAACGGGGCCUGAAGACCAUUGAUGGAUCUCCGUACUUCUUUAACUACCUGGACAUUGUCUUCGAUCUGUACGUCCUCGUCACCACCGCCAACAGUCCUGACGUCAUGAUGCCGGCGUACAACGCCAGCUUCGUCUUCGCCAUCUUCUUCAUCUUGUACAUCCUCAUCAACACCUACAUCUUCAUGUCCGUCUUCUUGGCUGUCGUCUACAACAACUACAAGAAAUACCUGAAGGAGGAGGUACGGCAGCUAGUUCGGGCCAAAAGGCACAAGAUGGUGCGAGCGUUCGCCGUGCUGCAGGAGCAGAGGGAGGAGGGCGGUGAGCCGGUCGUGACCCAGGCCAACUGGAACCAAGUGGUCCGACUGGUCCAGCCCGACAUCAGCAAUGCCCACAGAGAGCUGCUGUGGAGCGUCUCUGACGACAAGAACCAGGGCUGCAUCGGUAAGGUGGCGUUCGUCCAGCUGGCUGACCUCCUGAACAUUGAGGUGAUUACACUCAAGUCAAGACCACACCCACUGCAGAGCAUGUGCCCCGCCCUCUACCUGUCGGCACCCAGCCGCCUCCUCUGCCGAUUGGUCCAACACCGGGCCUUCGUGAUCGUGUACGACCUGAUCAUCCUGGUGAACGCCGUGUUCAUCGGUCUGGACGAGGAGAAUCCUCUGAUCGGGAACUCUGAGUGGGUGUUCCUGGCUCUGUACCUGCUGGAGAUCGUGCUGAAGCUGUACGUGUUCGAGCCCCGAGCCUUCUUCUCCAGACACAGCUUCUGGAACUGGUUCGACACCAUCAUCGUCGUCUCCGCCCUCAUCGCCACGAUCAUCAACUCCGCCAUGACGGCAUCGGGGGGUUACACCAGCCGUCAGAUCCUGGACAUCGUCUUCAUCCUGCGAGUCCUCAGACUGAUCCGGGUGGUGGACAGCAUCAAACGGUUUCGUGCAAUCAUCAACACUCUGAUCAGGAUUGGACCAGCGAUCCUCACAUUUGGACAGCUGAUCGUUGUGGUGUACUACAUCUUUGCCAUGGUGGGGAUGGAGCUGUUCAAAGGGAGGGUGAAGUUUUACGGGGAGGACUCGAGCGACCCUGAGAAGGCGUACUGUGGAAACAUUCUGCUCAAAGGAACGGCCUUCGCACAACUCAACUACUGCAAGAACAACUUCAACAACGUGGUGUCCUCCUUCAUCCUGCUGGUGGAGCUCACUGUGGUCAACCAGUGGCAUGUCCUCAGCAGCGGCUUUGCCUCCGUCACGCACGCGUCAGCCAGGAUCUUCUUCGUCCUCUUCCACAUCGUGGUCGUCAUCGUCAUUAUCAAUAUCUUCGUGGCGUUCGUCCUCGAGGCGUUCUUCGUGGAGUACUCGGUGGAGAAGAGCAACCUGCAGACAUCUCUGGAGAGGAAGAUCGAGGAGCUGGAGCUGGCUGUGGCACAGGAGAAGUUGGAGGAUAACUUGGUGAACGCCAUGGAAACCAUUGACAGUGACCAGGGAACCGGCCAAUCAGCACACAGCAAACCCACCCUGAUGUUUAAAAUUGCUUCAAAAAGGUAUCGGACAGUGGACGCUCUGCUGCAGCGCAUGUUUGAGGCCGAUCUCGACCCCGAAGACUUCGCUGAGCACGAAGAAGCUCAGAGCGGGAACUUUUCCAACCCGACGUUCAGCUCAGUGUAAUCAACGAUGCACAGAUCCAUGUGAAGGGAAGCAGAUCCUCUGAUUCAUAUUCAGUUUAUACUCGAGUCAUCUCAGUGUUUCGUGUCGAUUGUAAAAGUGCAAUGUGUCCACAGUCAUAUCCAUGAUUUAUUUUUAUAUAUCUGUCCUGUAGAAACACAUGAAAUCUGUAUUUUCACAUAAAGAAUAUUUACACUGAUGUUUCCAUGUUUCCAUGUCCUGACAGGAAACAUGAAAAAUAUUAAAAACUUUAAAGAAACUG